AUGGAGAAAUCCACAUAUCCUUCGCCUUUCCCGGCUUAUACCGAGACGUAUCUGACUCCCGAUGGCUACGUCCAAGGUAACAGCAAUGUGAGCAACAUGGCGUACUACGCAGGCGGCCCGGAUCCGACGCAGACUUGCGCUCCGUCAGCAAGUGAGCACAUCUUCCAUAGCGACGACAUCGAAGUCCACCAAUUCGAUCCUAUGCCAGCCUACGAUUAUGUGCCCACUACUUCACCCCCGCUCUACCAACCCGCUGUUGGAAGCUUGGGCUUCCCUUACCAGGACCCAAACAUGCAGACAUUCUGCCACGCAUUUGGCAGUGAUUUCGCGUUUUACAAUACAGCUGGUGGUAGUGGAAUGCCACAAGGCUACCACAUCGCGAUGCAAGGGUUUCCAGAGGCAGCUGAAGCUCGUAAAGCCAUAAAGAAGGAAAUACCGACGCCGCCUUCUAUGGUGGAAAAUGCACAAUCCAAAAAGACCCAGAAGAGGAAGUCGAUUGCAUGCUGCUGA